GCCAACGCAACACAAAUAGCAGCUGUCUCUGAAUAUUCUUGAAAAACCUCCUGUGGCACUGAGAGUCAUUAGUCUCCGCUUUCUCACUCUGUCUAGAUAAUCUCCAUCCAAGACCACCAACAUGUUGGACCCAUCUUCCAGUGAGGAGGAAGCGGAUGAAAUGGUGGAAGAAGAACGCAAAGAGGUGAUGGCACCAAAGACCGGGGGCGCACGGGUGUCACCCAGCCGGACCACCGAGAGUUCUGGUGGGCUCCAGCCCUCGAGCAGGGGAAGCAGCGCUCGCCCGUCCAGCCCCAGCCCCAGCCCCUCGGUGGCCAGCGAUAAGGAGAAAGAUGAUCUGGAAAAGAUGCAGAGGGAGGAGGAAGAGCGAAAGAAGAGGCUCCAGCUCUAUGUCUUUGUAAUGCGCUGCAUUGCCUACCCUUUUAAUGCCAAGCAACCCACCGACAUGGCCAGACGACAGCAGAAGAUCAGUAAGCAGCAGCUACAGACAGUGAAGGAGCGUUUCCAGGCCUUCCUAAGUGGUGACACCCAGAUAGUGGCAGACGAGGCCUUUAUCAAUGCAGUCCAGAGCUACUAUGACAUAUUUUUGAAAAGUGACCGUGUGUGCCGGAUGGUCCAGAGCGGAGGUUGCUCGGCCAGUGACUCGCGGGAGGUCUUCAAGAAGCACAUUGAGAAGCGUGUCCGCAGCCUGCCCGAGAUCGACGGUCUGAGUAAGGAGACGGUGCUCAGCUCUUGGAUGGCCAAGUUUGACACCAUCUACCGUGGAGAGGAGGACCCCAGGAAGCACCAGCAGCGGAUGACUGCCAGCGCAGCCUCAGAGCUCAUCCUCAGUAAGGACCAGCUCUACGAGAUGUUCCAGUCCAUCCUGGGCAUCAAGAAGUUUGAGCACCAGCUCCUCUACAACGCCUGCCAGCUUGAUAACCCAGACGAGCAGGCCGCUCAGAUCAGGAGAGAGCUGGACGGACGACUGCAGAUGGCUGAUCAGAUCGCCAGGGGCGGCAGGUUUCCCAAGUUUGUUUCCAAAGAGAUGGAGGCCAUGUUCAUAGAGGAGCUGAGAUCGUCAGUGAACCUGCUUAUGGCUAACCUGGAGAGCAUGCCGGUGUCCAAGGGAGGAGAGUUCAAACUGCAGAAGCUCAAACGAGGACACAACAGCUCCAUCAUAGACAUGGGCCAGGAGGACGAGAACACACUGUCCAAGUCUGAUGUGGUGCUCUCCUUCACUCUGGAGGUGGUGAUUGUGGAGGUUCAGGGGUUAAAGUCGCUGGCACCCAAUCGAGUCGUCUACUGCACCAUGGAGGUGGAAGGGGGGCAUAAGCUCCAGACUGACCAGGCCGAGGCCUCCAAACCAACCUGGGGGACCCAGGGGGACUUCACCACCACACACCCCCUCCCAGCCGUCAAGGUGAAGCUGUUUACUGAGAGCACAGGAGUACUGGCCCUGGAGGACAAAGAGCUGGGCAGGGUUGUGCUCCAUCCGACCCCCAACAGUCCCAAACAGUCAGAACUACAUAAGAUGUCUGUGUCCAAAGGCUGCCCUGACAGUGACCUGAAGAUCAAACUGGCUAUCCGCAUGGACAAGCCACAAAACAUGAAGCACUGUGGGUACCUAUGGGCUAUUGGUAAAAAUGUGUGGAAGAGAUGGAAGAAGAGAUUCUAUGUCUUGGUGCAGGUGAGCCAGUACACCUUUGCCAUGUGCAGCUACAGAGAGAAGAAGGCAGAGCCUGUGGAGCUGCUCCAACUGGACGGCUACACUGUUGACUACACCGACCCUCAGCCAGGUCUGGAUGGUGGGAGGACCUUCUUCAACGCAGUGAAGGAGGGCGAUACUGUGAUCUUUGCCAGUGAUGAUGAGCAGGACCGCAUCCUGUGGGUCCAGGCCAUGUACCGGGCCACGGGCCAGUCUCACAAGCCCAUCCCCCCCACCCAGGUCCAGAAACUCAACAACAAAGCCGGAUCUGCACCCCAGCUAGACGCACCCAUCUCCCAGUUCUAUGCGGACCGGGCACAGAAACACGGCAUGGAUGAGUUCAUCUCAGCCAACCCCUGUAGUUUCGACCACUCCUCCCUGUUUGAGAUGGUGCAGCGCCUCACCUUGGACCACAGGCUCAAUGACUCCUACUCCUGUUUGGGCUGGUUCAGUCCAGGCCAGGUGUUUGUCAUGGAUGAGUACUGUGCUCGUAAUGGUGUGCGGGGGUGUCACAGACACCUGUGUUACCUGGGUGACCUGCUGGAGCGGGCGGAGAACGGGGCUAUGAUCGACCCCACCCUGCUACACUACAGUUUUGCCUUCUGUGCAUCACACGUCCACGGCAACAGGCCUGACGGGAUAGGGACGGUGACUGUGGAGGAGAAGGAGCGCUUUGAGAAUAUCAAGGAAAGGCUGCGUGUUCUGCUGGAGAACCAGAUCACACACUUCAGGUACUGUUUUCCAUUUGGUCGACCGGAGGGGGCCCUGAAAGCCACUUUGUCCCUGCUUGAGAGGGUGCUGAUGAAGGAUAUAGUGACCCCUGUGCCCCAGGAGGAGGUGAAGACAGUAAUCCGUAAAUGUCUGGAGCAGGCAGCCUUGAUCAACUACCAACGCCUCUCAGAAUAUGCCAAAGUAGAAGGGAAAAAGAGAGAAAUGUAUGAGCAUCCUGUCUUCUGCUUGGCGUCUCAAGUGAUGGAUUUAACCAUUCAGAAUGUAGGGCGCUUAGUCACCCCUGCCAAAAAGCUGGAGGACACCAUACGUCUGGCCGAGCUGGUCAUCGAGGUCCUCCAACAGAACGAGGAGCACCACGCAGAGGGCAAAGAGGCGUUUGCGUGGUGGUCAGACCUGAUGGUGGAGCAUGCAGAGACCUUCCUGUCUCUGUAUGCAGUGGACAUGGAUGCUGCACUGGAGGUUCAGCCCCCUGACAGCUGGGACAGCUUCCCUCUCUUCCAGCUGCUCAAUGACUUCUUGAGGACCGACCAUAACCUGUGCAAUGGGCAGUUCCACAAACACCUGCAGGACCUGUAUGCCCCACUGGUGGUGCGAUAUGUGGACCUCAUGGAGUCAUCCAUCGCCCAGUCCAUCCACAGGGGCUUCGAGAGAGAGUCCUGGGAGCCUGUCAAUAAUGGCUCGGGGACGUCCGAGGACCUGUUCUGGAAGCUGGACGCUCUACAGACCUUCAUCAGAGACCUGCACUGGCCUGAGGAGGAGUUUGGUAAACACCUAGAGAGCAGGCUGAAACUCAUGUCCAGCGACAUGAUCGAGUCCUGCAUCAAACGGACGCGGGUGGCCUUUGAAGCCAAGCUUCAGAAGAGCAGUCGGACCACAGACUUCCGCGUGCCUCAGUCCAUCUGCACAAUGUUCAACGUGAUGGUGGAUGCAAAGGCCCAGUCAGCCAAGCUGUGUGCCAUGGAGCUGGGACAGGAGAGACAGUACCAUUCCCAAAUUGACGCUCUCAUAGAGGAGACUGUGAAGGAGAUGAUCACCUUACUGGUAGCAAAGUUUGUGGUCAUUCUAGAGAGUGUCCUAGCCAAACUGUCCAGAUACGACGAGGGCACACUCUUCUCCUCCUUCCUCUCUUUCACAGUGAAAGCUGCAUCAAAGUAUGUGGAUGUACCUAAGCCUGGGAUGGAUGUUGCCGACGGUUACGUGACCUUUGUGCGCCAUUCUCAGGACAUGCUGCGGGAUAAGGUCAAUGAGGAGGUUUACAUAGAAAGGUUAUUUGAUCAAUGGUACACCAGCACCAUGAACCUCCUGGGUACGUGGCUAACUGACCGAAUGGACCUGCAGCUCCAUGUCUACCAGCUCAAGAUCCUAAUCAGAGUAGCCAAGAAAAAGUACCGUGACUUCCGGCUGCAGGGCGUCCUGGACUCCACGCUGAACAGUAAGAUGUAUGACACGGUGCGGAACAGACUGACCCUGGAGGAGGCCACGGCGUCGGUGAGGGAAGGAGGGAUGACGGGCAUAUCCAUGAAGGACAGUGAUGAAGAUGACGAUGAUGUCUAGAUCAACAUCACGGGAUGGAGGAGCUGUUCGCAUCCGUCUUAACCUGUGAAUCAAUGCAUGUACCUACCAACUGUGUUAUUUUUCUCUGUCAGAUGAAAAUACCCACAAAGGAACGACAAUACAAAUUAAUAACUGAAUACAGAAAUUAUAAUGAUAUUAGUCAUUAUAAUUAUGAAAUAUAUACAUAUAUAUAUUUAAGUGUUUAACUAAAAUGUAGGUGUUUUACGAAAAAAGUUAGCGGAGAUUUCUGGCUCAUUCACCUAAAUUCACUCCUGAAUGUUCCUAAGCAAUAUGGAGAACCAUGUGUAUGCGAUGUUGAGUACAAUGAUUAGGGGUAAUGCUUGGUGUGUCCAUGUUGAAUGCAAACCUGUUAAGGCACUUUGUUAACGUACUGUGAAAACAGUAAUGGUACAUCAUGGUGAGGAGGAGAGUAGGACCUCCUAUUGUUCUCAUUCUUCUCAGAGCGAAUGUCUACUGCCUAAAGGGAACCUAACCACAGUCAGACAGACAACCUGUAUCUAGGUUACAAUACAUUAUACAACGUAUAGUUGAAGUCGGAAGUUUACAUACACCUUAGCCAAAUACAUUUAAACUCAGUUUUUCACAAUU